AUGUCGAAGCCUUUCGAGUUCCUUGAAUCGCUGGAGGUUCUGGAAGAUGGCGACGACCUUCACAGGGCUCAAGUUGCAAGGGGACCUUGGCAAGGCCAUGCGCAGGGCAGGGCAUUUGGUGCCUCCGAGCUCUCGGACAUCUCGGGUUUCGUGGAGCUGCCCGAUGGCAAGGCGCGCCACGGCCGCUGGGGUUGGGCGAUGAAAGGAGCUGCGUCGAGCUGCGUCGAGGUCAUCGGAAGCGGCGGAAGCAUGCGGAAGCACCAUGCGUAUGGUAAGCUGCUGCUCUGGGAAGGAGUCUUUGUGAAGGUGGAGCUGAUGCGGGCGAAAGAAGGUGUCACCCAAGCAGAAGCAGGAACCAGCAUUGCUGGAAGUCCACACAAUGGAAACAUCGAGGUGAUCUUGAUCGAUAAGGAAAAUGGCAUGGUGAUCUCCGGCGGUGAUGACGGUCAUUUGAGAUGGUGGCCUAUUGAAGAGAUUGACACAGCAGAGGCGGACUACGACAAUGGCAUUUUGGAGUUUGGCAUCCGAAUGCGGAAGGAGGUCCGAGUGCCUCCGUCGGCCUGGCGCAGACUUUGA